CCUUCAUCAAUUUCUCCGUGUCCCUCCUCCGCCAUCCUAUAUUGUGUUUAUACCCCCUCCGUCCCUCAUUCACCCCCCUCCUGUACUAAAUCAACUUACACAGCGACUUAAACAUGUUCGCCGCACUCUUUUCGUUCACAUUCUUUCUUGCUCUCGUCCGCAGCGUUCUCGCCGACUUCACGAUUGAUACUCCACAAUUUGUCCAGUGCCAAGAUGCUCAAAUUACGUGGACUCAAUCCAACCCUCCAUACAAUCUCCUCAUCGUCUCUGCUGAUGACGUCUGUGGUGAUGCUUUGGAGAAUCUUGGAGACUUCACAACCCUCGAAACAACGUGGAUGGUAAACCUCGCUUCUGGUACUCAGGUCGUACUCUUCCUCGAGGAUGCCUCUGGAAAUGAGGCUUGGAGCGGAGCUAUUACUGUUGGUACCAGCAACGAUACCUCCUGCCUACAAAGCAGUUCCGGGUCCCCUACUGCUAAUGGGGGUCAAGCUACCCCGACCUCUCCCAGCGCUACAUCUACAGCUACCUACUCUCCAGCUGGUGCUGCAAACGCUGGUAUUGGCUCUUCAUCCGGUGCUCUCGCUAUCCGUCCGUUGAGCCCUCUCACCAUCGUCGGCGCUGCAGUCGCUGGCGCUUUUGCCUUUGCCCUUUAAGGCACACAUCUUUACCCUCAGUAAAUGUUGGGUUAUACCCCGCUGGCCUGAUUUAUACUCAUCCUUGGCAUCCUGGUGAUACCUCUAUAUUCUGCUGUGCUUUUCCCUUCCUCCCAUUCGAAGCAGGGCUUCAACCUCUUCCACUGCUGGAAGGGGUUUAUUGUGCUAUUAGAUUAUUUAUUUGAUAUUAUG